AUGGCGAAAGACGAAGAAUCUGCACCAACUGACGGGGUUCCCUCUCGUUGGGAUACCAGAGAAGAUUACUUAGGCGAAAUUAAGAAGGAACGAAAGAAGCGUUGUUUCUGUAAUUUCUUUGCCUGCAUUGUCGUGGCUGUAGCACUUGGAAUUUUGUUUGGCAGCGAAGGAUUGCCAACCUCUUCCAGAAGUGCGGCAUCCACUGGAGGUGGCGAAGAAGAUGAUGAUGCCACAAGAAGUCCAACGUUGACACCCAUCAGCGUUCCAACCGCAACUCCCACAACCGCCGUUCCCACUGCGACUGCCUCUCCAACCAGAGAACCACUACCGGCAAUCGUCACUGGGGGAGAUGUAGUCGUACAGGAUGAAACAAAUAUUGAUGCUGAUAUUGACAUCCAAGAAUUCAGAGCUAGUUUCGACAAUACGACCUUUUUUUUCAGGGCAUCAUUGUACAGGCCUACUGCCAACUGGGAUGCUACUGUCUUUAUGAUUGAUAAUGCAGGUAUUGAUGCCAUUGAUUUGAGACAGGAUGGAUUCAGUGUUCGACGAGUUGAGAGCCGUCGGAAUUUGCAAGCUGGAACUGAGGUUUUCUCUGGAAGUUACAUUGAAACGAACGGAUUGUCACUUACGUUUGCAGCUCCUGCGGAGGUAUUUGGUGAUCUUGCGACCGCUCAAAUAUGGGUAGAUGCCCCUGGUGACCGGGUUCCCGAUGACGGCUUUGCAGCAUUUAUCCUACAGAGAGAGUUCCCUACUAGAAAUCCAACAAUGUCGCCUACUGAGAGUCCAUCUAUGUCCUCAGAGGCUCCUACUGGGUCUCCCACUGAGACUCCAGUUGUUCAGCCAACGGAGGCUCCAGUGGUUCCGGGUGCUCCCACUAUGUCUCCUGCACCAGUUGUACCAGGUGCUCCAACCGUGUCUCCAGCACCAGUUGUACCAGGCGCUCCGACAGUGUCGCCAGCACCAGUUGUGCCGGGCGCACCUGUUGUGCCAGGAACACCGACCACUACGCCGGGAGCACCAGUUGUCCCAGGAACCCCAACUGUUACACCCGGUGCUCCAGUUUUUCCAGGAACCCCAACAGUUUCGCCUGGAACACCUUCUGAACCAGCAGCCCCAGUUGUCCCAGGAACUCCAACCGUGACUCCAGCACCAGUGGUACCAGGAACGCCAACAGUCUCGCCUGGAACACCUACUGAACCAGGAGCUCCAGUUGUCCCAGGAACCCCAACCGUGGCUCCAGCACCAGUGGUACCAGGAACGCCAACCGUGGCUCCACCACCAGUAAUUACAGGGGCUCCUGUCGUUCCAGGGAUGCCAACCGUUAUUACGGGUGCACCAAUUCUUCCAGGAACACCCACCAUUAUUACAGGAGCACCAGUGGUACCUGGAACUCCUACUAUGCUGCCCGUCGCACCUACAGAUCCAACUGCUUCGCCCGCGCCAGUGGUACCAGGCGCACCAGUUGUGCCCACACCAACUCUCUUGCCAGUCAUUCCGCCUGUUGCAGCCCCAGUCUUUGUUCGACCAGGAGUCCCAACAGCUGUUCCAGUUACACCAACGGAUCCAGUCGCGCCAGCUGAUCCAUCUUCGCCAACCGAUCCUGCGGCACCAUCCGAUCCAGUGGUGGCACCGACAAUUCCAAUCGUUUCACCUACAAAUCCUCCAACGCCUGGUCCAACCUUCCCACGCUUCCCACCGACGCUAUCACCAACGACCAUGCCAUCUGUUUCACCAACACGACAGCCUACUCCGUUCCCUACCUUUCCUCCAACUACGGCUCCCCCAACAAGGGCGCCAACUCCAGCGCCAACUCCCGCGCCAACUCCAGCACCGACCCCCAGGCCCACAGUGAGCCCGACAGCCUUUCCAACAAGGGCUCUGCAAGUUUCCAGGACCUGUCUUCGUGCCACUGAUACAUGUGGAGAUGCCGCCAAUAACUCUAUGGAUUGGGAGGAAAUGAAAUGUGCCAUCAGUGAAGGUUCUCUCAUUUGUACCAUGACGGCCUGUAACAAAAUCUUCUUUGGCAGCCAAUCUGUUGCGGAAGUUUACUUCAAUAAUGGAAAGAAUGUGGUGCAAAUGUUUACUCAAUUUGUCUUGUGGAGUGAAGUACGGGACGGCGGCAUUGUCCAGCUGCGAAAUGGAGAAUUCAACCUUUCUGGAGAUGGGAAAGAGUAUCGCUUUGUUUUCCCUACCGAGUUCACCGACAUUAAUGAAGGCCAACAAAUCUUUGCAAUUGCAAGAAAGUUUGAUGGAGUCGAUAUCUACGAUCGUUUCCCAGACCCUGGACAACCAGCUUUGUUCUUUAGCCCAUCCCAGUGCUAA